GGAUUUGACAUUGCAAGAUGAUUAACCCCAUCAUAUUGCUCAUGACUCUCUCCUGUUUAAGAGAGCCAUGUUUUGAGAAAAACGACUGCCAUGUACGAUAUGGAGAAAUGCUGACUCCUAAACUUGCAAGGUGCAUUGAGGAGAGCUGUAGAGAAGCCCUGCAGCCAUGUGCACUCCAGACUAUUUCUUACAUCAUAACAGAAAUGAAAAGCAAGGAUCCGUCAGCAUCUACUCAAACUCUGUUGCAUCAGGCUGCGGAUGUUGUGCUGAAAGACUUGCAGUCGUUCCUGAUUUGUCUCAGGAAGAUCAGUGAAGGCCCCAUCGAAGCCAUAACGUGUGCUCUGGAAGCUUUGCUUGGUGACUCACAGCAGCACGGCAACAACAAAAAGCCUCCGUCAACAUCCAGCAGUCGAGAUUUUUACAGUUACAUGUUUUGCUGGAUCAAAACAUUUAUAGAUAGGAUAGACAUGAACUGCCUCAGUCACUACGAUGUGGACACUUUGAAGACUUUGGUAAAACACUUAGCAAUCAAUCAAGUGGCUCAGGAUUGUUACGUGAAUCUGUUUCCUCACUGGGGCAAAAAAUGUAUUCCAGCAUCCAUGCAGUUUUUCGGAAAUGGCACAGCGAGAAAAAUAACUGAUAGAUGGAAAGAAUAUGAAGACUGUGUUACGGCUUUGAAUGACAUGUGGAAAAAAUGCGUGAGCAUGAACUUAUAUUUUUAUGGUAAAAUUGGCCAUCAGUAA